UUAUAGGCCUACUGCCCUGCACUAUCACAGUAAAGAUGAACAAAGAGGGGAGUGUUUUGCAUAUAACAUCCAACCUCAAAAUAUCAUCCAGAAUCGAUGAUAAAUAUUUGCAAGAUGAGCAUAGUCUAGAUGAGCAUUUUGAAGUCAAUGGAAAAAUCUUUACUGAAUCGAACUUUCUCUGCAUAAAUUGUGGACCCCAAGUUUCUAUAUUGAGAAACAGAAAUGGCUCCAAAUACAGCUUUUGGAGUGCUGAUCAGACGACUAGAGACACCGUAACUAAGAUUACCUGUAUCAUAGAAGUGAAUAUUGGCACUGGAGUACCUCUUUUGGCGGCUGGUACAGACGAAGGUCUGCUCUGUUUCUAUUACACGGGCGUGUCGAGGAUUUUGCGCGCUGUGCAGUUUGGACAGAAGAUCGUGUCACUGGCUCUAUUGGACAAUGGCGACCACUCGGCGGUGGGUAACUGGGUCACACUGCCUGAGGAACUGGCGAUGAUGAACGGAGUGCUGGCCGUGGGGCUCGAUGGGGGUGCUGUCUACCUUGUCGAUAUGUGUCAUCAUUGGCUCAAACUGAGUAUCCAAAAAGGCGGUCCAGUUACCAUUGAAAUUCCUAGUCAACUAUUGUUGAUAAAUUUGCGCACAGAUACAGCCAAUGAUAUACAGGCGAAAAAGGAGUAUGCCGACUGUCAUCCUGGGGAAACGCUAGCCAUAUUUCUCAAUGAGAGCAACCUCGAUCAGUUCAGAAAGGUGAUGGCGUCACACCUUGGAUCCCCGGUCUACAGAAGGAGCUUGGAUAACAGCGUAGAUGAGUUCCACCUGGUGGUGACUGCCCUCGCUUAUUUCAAGGAAAUCGCCUGUCUGGCAGUUGGAUUCAAUACGGGUUGCUUUCAGUUGUGGCACAUGUCACUUUUCCGACUCAUCUACAUGUCGCCGCUGAUGCAAGACACCCAGCUGAUGCCGGUGGCUGGAUUCAGCUGGCAAGAGCCGACCGAUGACCCACACAGUGUGUGCUUCAUAUGGGCGGCCCACCAAUCACCCAGUCAUCUGGCUGCCAGGCCCUUCGCUGCCAUGUACAUGACCUCGUUCACCACCAAGAGGCAUAUCGACGGAUAUGGCUGCUUCUAUGAGAACUACAAGGGAUGCCAACGGAAAUAUGAAUUGGGUUUGGGCGAUGACAUGGACUCGGUUAUCGACGGAAGAAUUAUUUCUUGUCAAUCAAUUUCCAAAUUAAUUCAGCGUCGAUUGCCCCACUGUUCGAUACAAGCUAGCAAUGAAGAUGAAAGCAUCGUCAGUGUAUGUGCAAUUGCUUGGGAAGUCUGGACUCCUGAACGAACCAAUGUUAUUUCAAAAUUGACUCUUUUCGACAUCAAUCAAUGGUACAGAGCACAGAUGCCCUAUAGUUUGGAGUCAGGUGACAGUAACAGUUAUGUGGCAAACCUUCUGCUGCCCUCUAGCAAUGAGGAACACCCGGAACCUUUGCUGGACGUCUGCAUUAGUGCCGAAUCUCUCUCGCAGUUCUCUGCCUACCAGCCUCUCGAUGAACACUAUUUCCCGCUCUCGCUCUCUCUUGCAUGCACAUGCCUGUACGAGCACAGGAAGGUGGAGUGCGCGUGGAAGGGCGUGCAGAUGGAGUUGCUGACCGCCCUGGACCAGGCGGGGCCGUCGGCUCUCAUCGACCCGAGUCGCUACUGCAGUAGAUUCCUGGCCGUCGGUCUCAAGCCCUCCUUCUACGACGCGGCUGACUCCGCUAAUCUAUCUGUGGUGACAGAGCGUCAGAUGCUGUUGACAGUGAUGGUGGAGCAGGGCUGGAUGUCGUUUGUGCGCGAUUGUGUGCGUGCGUGGGCCGACGGCUGCCUGGCAGUGGCCAACUGCACCCUCCCCACCCUCCUCAAGUGGGGUUGGUCCGCCGUUACCUUCUACAAGCAGAUGGCUGACAACAUCUGUAUUCAACUGUUUGAUCUCCGUACCACACCAUCAAUGAAGGAGUUCAUCUACGUUGUAUCACUGUUGCAUAAACUAUCCGAGAUAUUUGACUUUAUCCUGAAAAACUAUAGAAAUUUUAUUUUAGAAGACAAUGUGGAGCUGCAAAGUAUCUCUCUACAAUUAUACAUUGAGUACUUGGAUUCGGUGGUGUGGUCAACUAAGCAUCAUCUUCUGCCGGAAGUGAACGAACCUUCAUCCAGUCUGCCUGACAUCUUCCAAUAUCCUCAACUGACACUGCAAAACAAUGUCAUUGAAAGACGAGAAAAGAUGCGUCAACUGAGUCGCAAGCUGUUGGAAGUGAAUCCGCAGCUGUGCCUGGCUGAUCUGCUGGUAGUUGAUUCGCUCCUGAAGACAACAGCUGGAGGCCGACGCAUCAUCAGCCAAUGGGAGGCCGAAGGCAGUGCAGUGGGCGGGCUCUAUCCGCCGCCCAGCCUGCAGUCCAUUCUGCGCAUAUUCCUCGUCAGAGGCGUGGCCACACACUUCAAGCACAUGCUCAUCUAUUACUUCCUGCUCGAUGUGGUUGAUUUGCAACAGGACCACCCGUCUGCUGCAAAGAUGUUACAGAAUUUUGUCACCAAGUUCAGACUAACAAAAUCUCAAGUACUGAUCACAAAAGCAUUCUGGCUAAUUGAUCAUGGAAAGUUGAAGGAAGCAGUUGACCACUUCACUAAUAACACCGUUUGCCAGAAUGACAUGACAGAAACAAACCACAAAACUGUGAUGCACUCGCUGUUUGUGCAGGGCGAGCCUAAGCUUGCUCUCAUCUAUUCUCGCGCGUUCAACCCCCUGCUUAGCGAAUUGGAAGAUGCUAAGUUUCAUAUUUUGAUCCUACUUGAAUGUGGUCAUAUUCUUCAGGCGUUUGAUUUCCAAAGAAAGUACAGACAAUGGCAGACUGAACUGUUGGACUUGUUUUUUACUGGUAAGUUGAAUUUACUUUCAAAAUAUUAUUAUUUUAUUCCUUAAUGUACUAAUCCCAAA